CUCUCUCUCUCUCUCUCUCAUAUGGAUGGGAAGAAGUUAGAGUACAAAGGGGAGGAGGCACUGAGGGAACUGGAGAAGUUAACAGAGAGGACUGGGGAAGUUCAGGUGAACCUUUUAAAGGACAUCUUGAUGAAAAACAAGAACACCGAGUACUUGAACAAGUAUAUGAAAGAACCCACCGAGGUGACAACGUUCAAGCGUCUUGUUCCGGUCGUUACUUACGCUGAUAUCCAGCCAUACAUUCAGAGAAUCGCCAAUGGUGAAGACUCUUCCCUUAUAUCCGGCCAAACCAUAACUGAGAUGCUACGCAGUUCUGGGACUUCGGCUGGAGAGCAAAAGCUGAUGCCGUCGAUCGCAGAGGAUCUUGACCGUAGAACCUUUUUGUAUAAUCUCAUUAUGCCGAUCAUGAACCAGUAUGUCCCAGGCCUCGACAAGGGUAAGGCCAUGUACCUCUACUUUGUGAAGAGUGAGACGCCGACACCCUCCGGCAUACCCACACGGCCUGUCCUGACCAGUUAUUACAAGAGCAAACACUUCAAGUGUCGACCGCCGGACCCUUUUAAUGACUACACCAGCCCCGACCAGGCCAUCCUUUGCACUGAUAACAGGCAGAGCAUGUACUGCCAACUCCUAGCCGGCUUAGUCCACAGACAUCAAGUGUUACGUCUUGGAGCUGUGUUUGCGUCGGCCUUCCUCCGAGCCAUUAGCUUCCUUGAGCGCAACUGGGUACACUUGUGCAAUGACAUAAGAACUGGUUCUCUCGACUCUACCACAAUAGUCGAUCCCGGAUGUCGAACAGCCAUGUCAGACGUGCUAAGGUCACCCAACCCACUUCUUGCCGAUGAGAUCGAGGCCAUCUGUAGGUGUAAAUCAUGGAAGGGGAUACUGUGUCAGUUAUGGCCUAGAGCCAAGUACAUUGAAGCUGUAGUCACUGGGACCAUGGCCCAAUACAUACCGGCCCUCAAUUUCUACAGUGGAGGGAAGCUACCUUUGGUCUGCACCAUGUACGCUUCAUCUGAGUGUUACUUCGGCGUCAACUUGAAUCCCUUAUGUGAUCCCGCAGAAGUGUCAUACACUCUUUUACCCAACAUGGGUUACUUUGAGUUCAUCCCCUUGGGUGACAACGGGCGAUUAUUGCUGAUGAUGGACGCCGGCAAUGAAGAAGAAGUAGUGCCAGUUGAUAAGCUGGUCGAUCUUGCCCAUGUUAGACCUGGCUGCUAUUACGAACUUGUCGUUACAACCUUUGCUGUAGGACUUUAUAGAUAUCGCAUCGGAGAUGUGCUCCAGGUGACCGGAUUUUACAACCGCGCUCCACAGUUCCGAUUCAUCUGCCGGAGGAAUGUUGUAUUGAGCAUCGACACCGAUAAGACGAACGAAGAGGAUCUUCACAAGAGCGUGUCCAUGGCGAAGAAGCUGUUAGAACCAUACAAUGCUCUACUUGUAGAGUACACUAGUUAUGCUGAUACGUCGACCAUACCUGGGCACUACGUGUUGUACUGGGAGGUGCUGCACCUGCAGCACUCAUCGACGACCAACGGUGUGGUAUCUCUGUUUGAUGCUCACCUCCUGCCGGAGUGCUGCUCUACGGUAGAGGAGUCGCUUGAUUAUGUGUAUAGACGAUGCCGUGCAUACGAUAAGUCUGUGGGUCCCUUGGAGAUACGCUUGGUGGGGGCAGGGACAUUCGAUGCGUUGAUGGACCUUUGCAUUAGCCAGGGGGGUUCGAUCAAUCAAUACAAGACUCCGAGGUGCAUCAAGUCUGCUGCUGGACUUGAGUUGCUCAACUCUAGGGUUAAGGCUUGCUUCUUUAGCCCAAGGGAUCCAACAUGGAUCCCAUAAUUUAGCUAUAAGUUAAUCAUAAUCAAAUGUACUUAGGGCCCGUUUGGUUUGCAGGAACAGGGGUCUGGAAUUGGAAUGGGAAUGAGCUAACUGUUUGGUUGGGUGGAA